AUGUCAUCAGAGCUCUUAUCGCCCGCAGAUGUGGAAGGGGCGCCAGUGGGCGAUAAUAUGAAGCAGGGAAUUGACACUUUUGAUACUGGCGUCACAGCAUGGCUACAAGUCUUUGGUGCCUGGUUCAUCUGGUUCAAUACAUGGGGAAUAAUAAAUGCCUACGGAGCCUUCCAGACUUACUAUGAGCAGCAUCUGCUCUCCGAUACAUCACCAUCGACUAUUGCCUGGAUUGGGUCACUUCAAUCAGCAUUACUCAUGCUCGUCAGUGUUAUCACAGGGCCGCUCUUUGACGCAGGAUAUUUCUCAGUCAUGAUACCGCUAGGCACAUUCCUGCUUGUCUUUGGAUUUAUGAUGAGCAGCAUAUCAACACAAUUCUACCAGAUCAUGCUGACACAAGGGAUAUGUGUCGGCAUUGGAACUGGAUUCCUGUUCACGCCAACCUUAGCACUCUUGCCGCAAUACUUCAAGAGGAAACGAUCGUUGGCCAAUGGUAUUGCGGCAACGGGGAGUAGCAUUGGAGGGGUCGUCUAUCCGAUCAUGUUUCAUAAGCUUCAGCGAGAGAUUGGGUUCCCAUGGGCCACACGUGCGAUAGCGUUCCUUGCUCUAGCGACAUGCAGUAUCUCCAUCGGUGUAAUGCGUCUGCGAUUUCGACCACAGGAGAAACGGGCACUAAUCCAGCUGUCGGCCUUCAAAGAACCUCAGUAUAUCCUGUUUUGUGCAGCAUGUUUCACCGGUUUCCUUGGUUUCUACGAAUUUUUGGUAUAUGUACAGCCCUAUGCCAUUGAGACCCACAUCGUCGACGACAACCUGGGGUUCUAUCUUCUGGCUAUCCUGAAUGCUGCCUCAACAUUCGGUCGGAUUAUCUCCAACUCCAUCGCAGAUUACACAGGUGCACUCGACAUGCUGAUUCCAGCAUUAACAAUCACUGCAGUACUCGCAUACUGUUGGGCGGCGGUCCACUCCAUGUCCGGCAUCAUCGCGCUUUCCGCACUCUAUGGGUUCUUUUCAGGCGGGUUUGCUUCCUUGGUGCCUGUGGCAAUCGUUAGAAUGAACAAAGAUAGCCAUAGCAUCGGCGCUCGCUUGGGUAUGUGUUGGGGUAUCGAGUCUGUUGGGCUCUUGAUCGGCACACCAAUUGGUGGCGCUCUCCUGGCCAAGACCGGGUCUUAUCUUGGGGUGCAGAUGCUAUGCGGCACUUGUUUGGCACUGUGCGCUCUUCUCCUUGUGAUCAUUCGAGUCUUGCAGGGUGGUUUAAGUUGGAGAUACAAAGGCUAA